AUGUUUCGCCAGAAUCGCAAAAGCUUAUUGAUUCGGCGUGAUAUUAUUCGGUAUGGGGUAAGUGGCGUGACGGCGGGCACCCAGCCGUGGGCGGGUAGCGCCGUGCGCCGCCGCCUGCCAGUAGCUGCCCGCCGCCACGACAGUCGCUCGUUCCGCUCUGAGCUAUCACAACGUGUCGCAGCCGCCGUACCGGCACGAAAAUCGCUCAAAAAGCUCGGUGUCCUUUCUAGUGUCUCACGUAACUCUAACUCGCCGUUCCAGAACCCCCAAACGCGUUUCUCCCGCACCCAUACCAGCAACGUC